AUGUCGGAGUACGGGAGGGUAGUGAAGAGCUGCAGCGAGCGUCGAGAGUUAUGGGAGGACCCUGAGUUCCCUGCCUCACAGACCUCUGUCUUCUAUCACCAGACUCCGCCCUUCACCUCAUGGCGACGACCCAAGGAGCUGGUUCAGAGCCCACUGUUCAUCUGUGAGGACGUUACACAGUUCGACAUCGUCAACGGCAAGCUGGGUGACAGAUGGUUUGUAUCAUGUUUGGGGUGUCUACACCUGACCAAGGGACUCUUCUAUCGUGUUGUUCCAGCUGACCAGGACUUUGAGGCAGAGUCUGGCUACUGUGGUGUCUUCAGGUUCCGUGUGUGGUGGUGUGGGGAGUGGAAGGAGGUGCUGGUAGAUGACCGCCUUCCUACAGUUAAUGGUAAGCUGGUGUUCGUCCACUCACAGUCCCUCACACAUUUCUGGCCAGCUCUUCUCGAAAAGGCUUACGCAAAGCUCCAUGGUUCAUAUGAAGCCCUGAAGUAUGGCACUUCUUUAGAUGGACUGUCCGAUUUUACUGGUGGAAUAGCAGAAUCAGUAAGCUUGAGGGCAGACCCAACCACUUGCGGGCGACUCUUAUCUAAGCUCCUCGACUUAACAUCUAUUGUUACUGCAGUUGUCACUGCCCACACACAUUCCAAAAUGCACUCAGAAAAACUGGCCAGUGGCAUUGUCAUGGGAAUCAACUAUAGAAUUUACUGUAUUGAGAAGGUUGAGCGUUAUAGUGGGGAGCAGGUGACCUUGGUAAGAUUACGCACACCCCUUGGAACAAAUGUUGAAUACCUUGGGGCAUGGGGUAGAGCUGCCCCAGAGUGGGAUGAAGUACCACCACAUGAAAAGGAGAGACUCAACCUGAAGUACACACCUGACGGAGAGUUUUGGAUGGCCUAUAGUGACUUUGUACGGACAUUUUCCCAGUUGGAAGUAAUUCAUUUAGAUGGAGAAACCUCAAGAGAUGAACCAUCUCUCAGGCAUAAAACUCCUUGGACCUCACGGGUAUAUCAAGGAGCAUGGCAGAGAGGUGUUACAGCUGGUGGUUGCAGGAACAACCCAGAUACCUUCCACAUUAACCCACAGCUCCACCUGAUCCUGAGUGACAUGGAGGAGGUGGUUAUCUCCCUCAACCAACAUUCAGUUAUGGAACCUAAGGUGAUUGGUUUCACAGCCUAUCCUCUCUCCAAAAGUGGACUUGACUCUAUUAGUAAAGCUUUCUUCAAAAAAAAUAAAUCCCUCAUCAACUCUCAGUAUACAAACAGCAGACAAGUUAGUGAAAGAGUACAGUUGGAGCAGGGAGGAUACAUCUUGCUGCCCACUACCUUUGAGCCAGGCCAGGAAUCAUCCUUCACGCUAAGAGUCUUCUCGUCGAAACCCCUUAAACUUAAACUGGUAGACACAUCACCAUCAUUGGUGAAGCCAGCUCUUCUCAAGGCUCGAGGAUCAGUGGAUGGCAAGAGCUUGCAGCAGUAUGAAGCUGUCUUCCUUCAGGUUGCUGAUGAACAUCGCACUGUCAAUGCAUUUGAACUGCAUGAACUUCUUGAAGCCUGUUUACCAAAUGACUAUAUAAAAAGCUGUGCCAGUUUAGACAUCUGUCGGCAAGUAAUACUUGCUCUGGAUUGCUCUUCCACAGGACGUUUACGAUUUUCAGAUUUUAAAGAUCUGAUGGUCAGUCUAAAAUUCUGGCAGAAUGCUUUCAAGACUCAUACAAAAGAGAGAACUGGUAUUCUCAAGGCAGAAAGACUUAGAGAUGCACUUGAAGAUGUUGGGUUCCAACUAAGCACAGAAGUGGUGUCAAUAUUGGUGCUGCGCUACAUGAGGAAAGACGGGACUUUGAGGUUUGGAGACUUUGUCAGUGCUAUCCUCCAUCUUUCUGUGGCUUUUAAUCUUUUUGAGAAACGAGAUCCUCUUCAGAAUGGUACUGUAAAGUUCUCUAUGGGAGAGUGGCUGAAGAGUGCCUUGAUGUGCUGAUCACUGGAGAAGAAUGCAUUGGUGUGCUAAUUACUGCACAAGGCAUGCAAAAUCCACUAUAUUUAGAUUUUUUUUUUUAAGGCAGUUUUGACUGUACAUAUUUGUUCAAUACAGUAGAUGCUCAUAAUGGGGGAAAUGUAAUUGUUGGCAGAAGCUAAAAUAAACAGGACAUCUUUAUCUAUUAGCUAAAACACACACAUUUCAUAGAAUACUUUAUUCUAGGCUAUAAAGAACAACUAAAUCUGGGUGAAAAGUAGCAUUAAUGUACUUGUAAAUAUAUAAAGUACUUGUAUAAUUUUAUGCAUUGACAGAGAUUAAAAACUUUCCAGAACUUAAAAAACAAGGUGUAUCUUCCAGAACUUAAUAAAAAACAAGAUAUAGAAGUAAGAGGAGAGGGGCAGGGAGGUUUUAGAAUUGCUCACAUUGCAAUAAGUGGAACCUUGUAUGGAACAUAAGCAGACUACUUGCACAUUAUCAUUUCCAGUCUUAUUUUUUUCAGGGCUCAGGUGCUCCCACUUUUCAUGCUUUACUUUCAGAAAGCCCUGCCUUCAGUACAGACAUUGACUUGACUAUGUUAAAUUUGACUUUCAUUGUAAGCUCUUGAGUUCACCUUUUCAAUUACUUCCCUUUCCUGAUAGCUACACUAAGCCUUCCAGUGCUUUGUCACAUGGGUCUAGUACAUCUUGUGGAUAAAAAUAAUACUCAUUUUGUAGCAACUUGAACAAAUAACUUUUUUGAUAUAAUCAUAGACAGCUCUGCCCAGGUUAAUACUACAUACUUUUUAUUAAUGAUAAUGGUUGUAUAACUCAUGGAUGUAGUUGAAAAAGUUGCAUAAGCUCCUAGCUUUAAUUGCUGAUUAAUGUAAUUCUGUUCUUUUGCUACCUUAAUGUAUGUGGUUCCAUUAGUGUAAAAUUUCCACUCAGGGGAGAAGCCUUGAUUCUGGUGAGGGAUUCACGAUUCAGGUGGGGAAAGGAUUUAUUCUCCCCUUCCCUGGAUCAAACUUGAAUGCCUCCCAUUUCCCAAGAACUAUAUGACCCCUAUGGUUCAGUGCUUCCUUUACAGUUUAGACAAGGCACAUGAUAGAGUGGAUGGGAAAGCAGUGUAGCAGAUUUUGCAUGUGUGGAACAGGUGGUAGGUUACUUAAAAAAAGUAGUUUUUAUACAGCUAGUGAAGCUCAGGUUAUGUUAUGUAGAAAAGAGGGGUGGGGGAUUAUUUACAAAUAAAAGUAGGUCUUAGGGAUGUGUUAUGUCACCAUGGUUGUUUCAACAUAGAUUGGGUUGUAAAUGAAGUGAAUGCUAGGAUGUUUGGGAGAAUUUAAUACAAAGUGGGAGUUGUCACAGUUGCUUUUUGCCAAUGACAUGAUUCUUUUGGGGAUUCUGAAGAGAAGUUGCAAAGGUGAUGAAUUUGGGAGGGUGUGUAAAAGAAAAUUAAAAGUGAACAUGGGUUAGAGCAAGGGGAGAGAGAGCAAUACAUGAUAAUAUAUACCUGGAAAGUACUCACGGGCCUGGUCCCAAAUCUGCACACUGCCAUAACAUACUGGAGUGAGAGAUGUGGAAGAAAGUGUAAAAUAAACCCAGUGAGGAGCAAGGGUGUGGUGGGGACAAUAAAGAAACACUGUAUCAACAUCUGGGGUCCCAGACUAUUCAACAUCUUACCAGAAGAUAUCAGAAACAUGGCUGGAACAAGUGUAAAGCCUUCAAGAGGAAACUGGAUAAGUAUUUUCACCAGGUGCCAGAUCAACCAGGCUGUGAUGGAUAUGUGGGGCAGCGGGUCUCCAGCAGCAGCAGCCUGGUUGAUCAGGCAAGCACCGAUUGUGCCUGGCUCAUGGCUGGGCUCCGAGACUAGUUAAACUCUCGAAACUCUUCAGAGGUAAGGUGAUAAGAGUAAAUAAACAACUAGGCAGUGAAAGAUCGGAUAUCACAUUGGAGAGAGUAUAGAGGAAGUAAAUGCAUUUAGAUAUUUAGGAGUGGAUUUUUUAGCAGCAAACCAUAAAAAUGAGAAGGGAGGGGGGAAGGGAAGAUGGUGCAUUAAGGUAUCUGUGGAGACAAAGAAAUUUAUCUAUGAAGGUAAGAACAGGAAUGUGAGGAAGUUAGAAGCAGUAGGGAUGUCAUGGUUGAGGGCAAUUUUGUGAUGUAUUAUGCAGAGAAUUCACAGCAUGGAGAUGAGAAAAAGGAGUAGGGAUAUCAAAAUAUUCAGAGGGCUGAAGAGGGUUUGCUGAGGUAGUUUGGAAAUUUAGGGGAUGACAAAGAGGGGUAGGGGUCAAGGAGAUUUUGAUUUGAAUGCUAAGGUCUUAGACAUCCAUCAGGCUUGUGUGAGUGUAUGGCAGCAACUUUUCUUUUUUUUUUUAACGGUAAUAAUAAUACAGGAUAUACUGAAAUAUCUAAAGUUAUCUAUUAUGCAAGUCAUGUCUGAAAGUGCAUGUGGAAUAUAGUAACUUUAAUUAUUUUGAAUUUUAGUAAUUUUUAAAAUUCAAAAUUAUUUGGCUCAAAGAACUAUAAGCUAUUGGCUUCAUAUUGCAGUAUUAUCAUCGGGUUUCUAUAAAAUUUAUAAAUUACAUGUAAACAUUUUGAUGAUACAUGUAUAUUGUAAAGAAGUUCCUGUUUGUUCUCUUAUGCAUAUGACAUGUUAAUUGCAAGCUCAAAAAUAAUUUUCAUUCUUAUGUUCUGUAAGGUAUUACUGUACAUUGUUGUAGACCAGUUGAAUUUUAACUGGUUGUUAGUGGUAGUGUUUUCUCAUGAUAAAAAAAAAAAAAAGAAUUACAUUUUCUUUUAUGCUCUUAUUUUUUCAUACAUAUCUAAUGUGACUUUUUUUUAAUGUACAAAGCACUUGAUUUUGUUCAUCACUUCCAUUAAAACAAAUACGCAUGGAUACUAAAUGCUCCAUUUUUACUUAAUAUGUUGUAUGGCAUCAAAGACAGUUUGGACCAUUGGUUGUGAUAAAAGUAUUAUUGCAGUCAUGGGAGAGGAACACAGUUACCAUGUUUCUAAUCAUACUACAAGAUCAUGAUUUGUUUUUACUAUAGCCUCUAAGAUUUUCACAAAUUUUUUCCAGUAUGCUAAUUUGCUUACUUUCAUUUUACACAAGUUCAUGGAGCUCACACUUCUAGUUUAGAGGAAAUGGUCUAAGCUAAAGAUUUUUUCACUCUCAUCACUACCAUCUACAUGUAUGCCUAUCCCAGACUUUUGUUAAUACUAUGUACUGUGAACAGUGCUCAUAAUACUGUGACUAUAGCACAUGUACUACUGCUAGUAAUACUGAGAUGAUAACUUGUACCAUUAGUAGCACUGUGACCACAGCAUGUGUACUGUUGCUGGUAAUGCUAGUACAGCUGUAUGAUUCAUAGAGGUUUGGUGCUCAUUUCUGCACACAAAUACUCAGAAAAAUACAGCAAUUGUAUAGUACAUACUAAUUUUAAACAAAGAUGCCACAUUGCUGAACAUGAACUUUAACCUUUUCUAAUACAGUACCUUAUAUUAAAUAUACAGUGACAUUAUUCAAAUUUUGUACUGUAGUUGAAAGUUGAACAAAGAAUAAAGGCUGUAUAGUGGUAAACCUUCAACAUAGUGGAGUUUGGAAGCACAGAAAAAAAUCUACUGGGUUAAUCAGUUUAAGAAAUAAAAAUAAAUUUUGUUGCAGAAUUCAUUGUUACUAUCAGGGUAAAACAAUCUCUUUUCUAUGCACCACAAUUACCAUUACCAGACACCUACUCUAACCUGUUCAUAUCUUAUAGUGAGGAUUUACUCUUAAUAAUGAGUACCAUACAAAAUAUUGAGAUGCUGAUAAUGAAUACAUGACUAAUGUAUAUGUAUGGUGUUAUAUUAUUCUAUAAUCUAAUUAAGGUAUAAACAUAAUAAUAUUGCAGUUUAAUAAGUACCCAGACAGUUAAUAGAUGCCCAAUUUGUUUGUUUACACAACUAGAACUAUGAAACUUUCAGAGUAAACAAAUAUAAAUGAAAAAGUUCAAGUACAUUGUGGAGCCAUACAUUACAGGGCUCAAAAAUUAUUACAUGUACACCUUAGACGAAGUGACUAAACUAUUACAAAAAUGUACAUAAAUACAUGGUCAUGCUCAAUAACUUAUUAGAGAUUAUAACAGCCUCUUUAACCCGGUUCAUAAAAUUGUAUCGUAAAUCUGGUUUUCAAUAACAAACAGUACAGUAGAAAAAAAAAUGUAUAAAUUUUUUUUUUAUUAAAAUUUACUGUGGUAUUAAAAUUCUUUUUUAGUUUCAUAAUCAUUACAAACCUUAUUCUUAUGUACUGAUAGUAUUUGAUUAAAAAAAAACUGAAAAAUCAAAAUACAAUUGUAUGUUGCUGUCAAUCUUAUGGAUGAAUGCAUUAUGAAGCACUUGUGACAUUACAUUUUUUUUGUAGUUCCAUAUAGUGACAUUACAUUUUUUUUGUAGUUCCAUAUACAAACUCAUCAUCAUUUAAACUGUAUCUAAAUAUAAUCCUAGAUAUUGUUCUGUAAAUAUUUGUAAAUAGUUUAUAUAUAUCUAUCAUAUAUAUACAUAUACUGUAUAUAUAUCACUGUAUAUUGAAAUUAUGUAUGAUUUUUUAAUAAACGUGCUAACCAAUAACAUUUUUUGGUAAUAUACUAGAAAAUUUACCUUAAGCUGUUUUUUUCAUUAUUCCUUUGAAUCACU